AUGUCCUUCCUCAAUAACCUAAUUUCGGACUUCCGCGAAGCCAAAGCUGCAGCACAAGCUCAUAAUAUGGCAUCCUACGAGCCACCUUCCACCAGUGGCAUGAGCGCAACUGCUGAGGGCCCUGUGGAGGAUUCACAUACACAGACAAGUGGUAAACCGGUCUCUGAGAGGUACAUCCCUCCACCGCCUCCUAAGAAUCUGCCGCACGGAUGGACGGCAAGAUAUGAUGAAAAGGAGGGUGGGUUCUUGUAUUCUAAAGGGGUGGAUACCAGCUCCGAGCAACGGGACUUUCCUACUGAGAAGAACACCGAGGGAUCUACGGUUACAGUUACUGGAGAGACUACGGAGCAGGUUACAGCGAAGCCCGCGUGA